UUUGGGCCUCAUCUACAACUUCGUUCAACAUUUCUUGAAGAUUCGGCCUCCACAGCUGUACCGUAGAUCAUUAACACGACGUUAAUGAUUUACGGUAUGUAUAUAUCAAUUACGGCAACGUAUAUGUUCUUUAAUUAUAAAGCCAUUAAGGUCGAAAGCAGAAAGGGACAUGGAAAGAAUGGAGAGGAAUAAAGCAGCAGGUCCGUACAAAACAACGGAAACGGUAAAAGCCUUAGAAGGUAUUUCCAACGGAAACCAUCAGUUUUCGUCGCUUCAUUCGUCACUAUAGACCUCACUUAUAUAUUCAGGCCACCGUUCCAAAACCUUCUCCUUUUCAACGAUCACAGUCCCUACUUUUGAUCUUACACAGUCAGCUGAUGAACAAGCUCCCAGUUAACUUUUUCUUUUUCUUUUUCUGCGCGUGUUGGUGUUUUGUCUUUAUAUUGCUUCUCUCAUUUAUCCACUUUUUCUUUGCCUCUAUCGACUUUUCCUUUGGCUGUAUCUACUGAUCCAUUCUCUUGUACUUUCGACUCAUUUUGUAUAUGGUAUUGCGUCAUUUCCCUUGAGCUCUAAAAUGCCAUCUGUCAUCCAUUUCUGAGUCUUUUGUCUCUCUCUUCUUUGGUUUAAGAACAACCAUAAUAAUAACAAUAAAUAACUAAAACAACAGUGAUGAUAUAAUAGCAAUUCGCGCAUACAUUCCAUCACAUCUCUUGGUGCAAUGGAUGCCAUGAGUACGAGAUCGGCAGUAAUCGAGAAAAAGCAGCCGUUGUCUUUCCCAGGUCGUGUCCGGCGGUUCGCGAGUGGCUCGGAUAACGGAGAUAGAAUCCCUUCCACUAAGCCAGGGUUGCUGUUUGGAGCUACGUCGCAGGCCAGUUCUGUUUUCAUGUGUCUUGUCUCUAACGUGGAAUAGAUCUUUAAUAAUAAUUUGAGCGUGUUGAGCAGGUAAGUUGAUGCACCUUAUUUAUUUUAAAAACAAACACACACACAAAAAAACACUGUGUAACAAUAUCAGCAAUUCGUAUAAAAUCUCGAAGCAGAUUUUUAAAAAGCUUUCCUAUUAUUUCAAAUCCAAUCAGGCAUCAAGUUGAUAUUUACGGUCGCUAUAUAUAUUUUUCGCUGUGUGAGAAAAAUGUUUAUUUUUCUUUUUAAUUAGCUCUAUUUAAUCCUUGAACUUUUAGAACUUCCUGGUCGCGAUCAAGAAAAAAAAAAGAAAACAGAAUCAAGAUCUCUAACAGCAAAUUAGUACAAUGCUUAAAGUGUAAUGUUUACUACAUCUUUUAAAAUCACGAAUAUGGAAAUAAGAAUGCACAUUCUCUCUUUGCAUCGCAAGAAGAACUUCACCGUCAAAUACUUCGCCAUCACAGGCGAGAUAAUCGACGCCUUCGACGCCAACGCCUGCUAUUGAAAAACAACAAAAAAACAAAAACAAAAACAAAAACAAAACAAAAUAGAACUUCGGAUUUUUUCCAAAGCUCACUAUUCAUCUUAGAUAACUGACAUUCGCGAUGAAACCAAGCCCGCGCAUGUAUUCGGUGGCGAGUGAAUAUAAGUCGAUGCAUCUUGGAGGCGAAUACAUCACACAGCAGCCAACAAGGACAAGCUGCCGAUAUGCAGUUCCUUAACUGCGGGCGAUUAUUGUUAAUGUUGCCGCCUUUCCUCAUCCUGUCGCUCGACAUGAAAUCCUUGGCGUCGAGGAAUAUCGUCCCGAGCAUGGGCACGCCGGACUUCCACCUAGAGUCUCUAAGGGGCAUCGUGGAAGGUCCUCUGGCAGGGUGGAAUGCGGUGUUCUACCUCGACCCCAGUCUGGAGGCGCACGUCUGGGAAUACGUCCGAGGUCUUCUCGUCGGCCGGAACGCAUCCCACGUCUUGGUCGACCUUGGGUCGGACGGCGCUCUGUGGUCGGAGGAGCAGCCGCUGGAACUGCUCCGGGGGGCCUUCAUGGUCCACGUGGUCGUGUUCCAAAACGACCCAAGGCCUUUCUUUGAAGCGGUCUCCCUCCAGUGGAAUCCUCAGUACCUACUCUUCUUCAGCGUGUCGAACGAGACCAAGAGUAACUUGCUUCUGGAAGAUACCUUCAAGGGUAUCGAGAGAUUACUGCUUGUUGAGAAAACUUACCUGGCAAGCUCUACAAGUAAACUCGCACCAGGAAUGUUUACCUCGUUUCCGUUCGAAGAGAGAAAGAUCAAGCCCAUUGGCAGCUGGAGCAACAGAAAGUUUGUCUCAAGGGAAGACCUCUUUGUCGACCGCUUCGAGUCGUUCAGAGGUUACGAGUUCCAGCUUGGAACUUGGUUGGACGACUACCCGUACCUCUAUCAGUCGAAGACGAAACCAGAGGGCUACGGCGAUGGCUUAGAGGUUGAGAUGCUCGACGCCAUGGCCAAUGUCCUCGACUACAAGUACAACUUAACGAAGGAAUCACCUGACAUGAUGUGGGGUGCCUUCGAGAAUGGAUCAUGGAACGGGAUGCUGGGGAUGGUGCACCGCAAGGAGAAGAACUUCACCGUCAACUACUUCGUCAUCACAGGCGAGAGAAUCGACGCCUUCGACGCCACCGUCUCCUACUGGAUGGAGGGAUUCGGGAUAUCUUUGAUGUCCCCGCCGCCGCUUCCGAAGUGGAGGGGAGCUUACUAUCCUUUCACGUCCUACAUGUGGUUCUACCUUGCCGUCACCUUCGUCAUCGUCUUGAUUAUCAUGUCAAUACAGGUACACGGACAGCGUGUAACAGAUUGGAUUCAGGUUUGCGAAUACAUGACCAAGUAUAGAUUUACACACACGCACACACACGAUAUUCUGCAGCCCGAGCCCUUCCUGAGAGACGUGGGCUCCACGUGGCCCUACCUCCUGCGGGCGAUGUUCAACAACAGCAUCCCGCGCCUGCCGAAGGCCCAGUGGCAGCGGCUGUUCGUGGGGUCUUGGUGGCUGUACUGCUUCAUCGUGACCACCGCCUACACGGCCAACCUCAUCGCCUUCCUCACCAUCCCGGUCUUCCCCGCGCGCAUCCAGACCGUCCAGCAGCUCGCGGAGAGCGAUUACAGGUACGACCCGGAAGCAGUGUGCCUGGAGACAGGGUUGGCAGUAAUCAGCGGUUAUACCUUUGCCUUAAAUAACAGGAAAUAUUGCUACAGACCGUGGGUCUUCAUGUUCGAUUACGGGGAGUUCGUGCCAGGAGCCCUGAAGACGUCUAAGGACCCUUACUACAGGGCCCUCGGGGAUAAGUUGGACCUCUUCCAGAACUACAAUAACUCCGUAUUCCCCAUGCUGGACGGGACGUAUGCUUACAUCGAGAGCUUCUCCUAUAACCGUAUUCUUGUUUACGUGGAGUAUGAGGUGGAGAACUCGUACAUGUUGAGGGAACAGCUGUACCCGGGCCACCUGUGCUGGUACUUCCAAAAGAACACGGCCUGGAAGUACAAGUUCGACCAUGGGAUACGACGUCUUGUGGAAUCCGGUCUGAUCGCUCACUGGAUCAAGGUCAAAACCGAAGACUUCCUGGGCCGGGACUUCGACAGAAAGCAGAAGCUGCGGGCCAAGGAGAGGGAAAAGGAAGCCCUGAGCCUCGACCACCUGCAGGGCGUGUUCUUCAUCCUCGCCGUAAGCUGGGCAGCGGGCCUCCUCGUGUUCGCCGGCGAGGUCCUGCGACACCGGUUUGAGCUCGACUAA